UCGAGAACGUAGGGUAUAUAUGCGUGCCGGCAUAACAUUAGCCCUACCGAGCUUGAGACUCUUUCAGCUUUUCUGUUCGGGAUUUGAAGUUGGAUAACCUCCGAGAGGGCUGCAACGAGUCCCAGGUUCGAACAGCCCAAACCGCCUCUCGCCAUGUUCUCCAUUGCAGCGAUCAACGACACCGAUUCCAGCGGCCAGUGGGAGGCCCUCGCCCCCACCAAAGAAGCCCAGGAGUUUCAUCUUUCUCAAACUUACCAUGAGGGACUUCUGAUGUUUCAAGCUAAAGAUUAUGCAAAAGCUCGUGAACUUUUAGAGGCUGUUUUAAAGGAUCCUCUUGUAUCAAAUGCUCAGAUCGAUGAUAAUGCUCGUGAUCGCCAUCUCUUACAGCUGAGAUUUUUGUCGCUGAAGAAUCUGGCCGCCGUUUUCCUUCAACAAGGCUCCAUGCAUUAUGAGAGUGCUCUACAGUGCUAUCUUCAAGCUGUAGAGAUUGAUACAAAUGACUCGGUUGUUUGGAAUCAGUUGGGAACACUGUCAUGCACAAUGGGCUUAAUAAGCACCUCAAGAUGGGCAUUUGAGCAAGGGCUUUUAUGCAGCCCUAACAACUGGAAUUGCAUGGAAAAACUCUUGGAGGUACUUAUUGCUAUAGGGGAUGAGGUUGCAUGCCUCUCUGUGGCAAAUCUACUAAUUAGGCACUGGCCAUCACAUUCUCGUGCUUUGCAUGUCAAGAACACCAUUGAGGAUGCUGAACGAGUACCAUUUGCACCUCAUGGUAUAGAUAAACUGGAACCGAAGCAUGUUAAGCUUAAGUUUCCUGACAGAAGAAAACGAACAGAUGAUGAGAUAGACAAUAAUAGCCUGUCAAAAAGAAGCAAUCAUAACAUAGAGCUGCAGUUGACUGGAGCAACAUGGUCAACCCUUGUGGAUGGGAUCCUUGGCAUUUUCCUCCCAAAAGAUGGGAAGAUUUCUGAGCCAGGGAUUGCAGACAAUCAUGAUGAUGCAAUAAGUGAAAGCUUAACUGACAGGCAAGGAGAAGUUUUUUCGGGCGAUACAAGCCCUGAUAAGGGGAGCUCAGGAAUUUGGAUUUCUGAAAAUAUGGGAAGUUUUACCUGCACCAAGAUAGACAUGCACUUAGCUACAGCUUCAGAAAUUAUUCUGGACUCUGCAGAAGGAGGAACACAUGGUAUUUGUUCUUUUGGUGAUUACACGUCACUAAGUUCUCAUGGAUUUGAGAAAUCAAGUGAAGUGAAGGGAAAAGAAAUCUGUACAGACAAAGCCCAUCCUCAGGAAAGGCGGAGUACAUGUCUUGAAAGGCUUAGAAGUUGCAAGUCAGGGAAAGAAGAAUUGGAAGCUGGUGGCAAGGAUCUGGCAGAAGUUGACUUUCGAUUUCGAGAACCUUACAUUCUCAAAAGGCAAAAUACUGGAAAUCACGAUUGUUCCAGUAGCUGUGAUGGUUCUCUUUCUAACAUUCCCACAUACACACCAAUUCUUGAGCAUAAUGAUGUUCUACAAUUUAUAUCUAAAGCUUCAAAAAAUUAUGGUGCCUAUCAUAUAGGUCAUUUGUUACUAGAAGAGGUUGCCCAAAAAGGUAUUCCCUUUCAAGAAAGCUUCAUCAAACUUCUGGAAUUAGAAAAACUGACUAGACACUCAGGUCAGGAUAGGUCACCACUUUGUAGUUUAUUUCUUGCUGAGCUAUACUAUGACCAAGGAUCGUGGUCUGCUAACAAAUCAAAACAGCCAGAGUUUUUCUUGGAGGCAUCUUAUCAUCUUUGCAAAGUCAUUGAGUUGGUAGCUUUGGAUUCUCCCUAUGACUUGGUUGAUCUAGGUAACCAUGUCACCGGUCCUAAUAUCGCAACAGAGACAAAAGAUCCUAAUGGAACGGCCGAGCUUGUACACUGCACAGCAGAGGAAGAAAAUAUGCCGCCAACUGUUUCUUCUCAAAAUGCAAGUAUAAUGAUGACUGGGGACUCUGACUGCGAAGAAAGUUCUGAGCAAAAUUCUAUUUUAACCAAUAACAGUGCAUUUUGGGUUCGCUUCUUCUGGCUAAGUGGUCGUCUGUCCCUUUUUUCUGGUACUAAGGCAAAAGCUUACAAUGAGUUCUCCAUUUGCUUAUCGCUUCUGAGAAAGAACAAGAAAUUGACGGAGACUAAGGAUCUUAUCUUUCUACCUCAUUGCGAGCUUGUCAAUUUGCUAACCGUUGGUAGGGUUCUUCAUGAGAUUAACUUGUUAAAACUUGAUUCAUUACUUGGAAGUUCACAGAUGAAAUGAUGAAGGAACGCACACAGAGUUUAUAAAGGUGCUUGUUCCACUUCUUCUUUCUACUAAAGAUGUCUAGCUUGACAUAGUAUCCGGUGGCAUUAAAGAAAGUGAAAGAGUCGCAUUGAACUACCAACAUUAAUAUCCUAGUGUCAUCAUGUGAAAAGGCAGAAUAUAUGGAUAUUCAGGCAUAUCUGGACUGUUACUGGCGUAAACUGCAGGUCUUAACUGUUGCAGCUGGUAUGGUAGGUCCUCCUGCAUCACAAAAGGACCAAAGUUUAUUGCCAAAAACUAGUGAUGCAUCUGAUUUGGAUAUAUCAGAACCCAUAAGCAGGCACUGGAUACAUAUGGUGGUCAAAGAACUUGAGGAUAUAUCUCGAAGUGCAACUCAAGUGAAGAACUUUAUUGAUCAAAAUGAUAUUUAUUAGGUAUGAUCCGGCCAAAAAUCAUCCAGUUCAGGAACUUCAGCUCAAACAGUUCAGCUUGAAUAUUUGUGCCUUGUAGAUGCAGCCACUGCUUUCUGCAAACUUCAACACAGCGACCCUACAGUUUCUGUCAAAAUUUCGGUUGACCUAAUUGUGGCAGUCCAUGACUUGCUUGCGGAGUAUGGGGUCUGCUGUGCUGGUAAGGAUGGUGAAGGGGAGGAUGGGACAUUUCUCAAGUUUGCAAUAAAGCAUCUAUUGGCCUUAGAUGUAAAACUGAACUUGCUGAAUGGUACAAACAGUAAGGAAGAAAUUGCAUCUCCAUACAAGAAUGCCCUAGAAGACAUGAUUCCUUAUCAUCUCUGUGGUCAUGAAGAACAAGAUAAGGUUGAGGAGGAACAAGAAACUGGGAAGAAUGCUACAGAUGAAAUAGAGUAAAUGGAGUUGGGUAUUGAUAAUGCUUUGGGCCAGAGCUUUUUCUGCUUAUAUGGUCUCCAAAUAAAUCCAGAUUCAUCCAGCGAAGAUGACCUAGCCAUACAUAAAAAUGCUAGUCCUGGAGAUUACCAAACCAAUGAGCAAUGUGCUGAUGUAUUUCAAUACAUUUUACCAUAUGCAAGAGCUCUAUCAAGCUGGAUUGGUUAAACUCCGAAGGGCGCUGAGGGCUAUAUGCAAACACUUCCCGCAGCCACCUGACAAUAAGCUGACAAUGCGAUUGAUAACCUCUUAGAUGGUCCUGAGUUAUGUCAGAAUAAGCUCUGGAAAUAUGAAUCCAAUGGAAGUCAGGAGUCUGUCUUGAAUUUGUUCAGCAAUGGAAGAGACCCUGAAACAUUCAAGAAAUUAUCAGUAAAAAAUCAGUUGCCAGCCCUGAGCCAUACUUAGAAGUUUAUAGCAACUUGUAUUAUUCCAUAGCCCAGGCUGAAGCGAUAGGUGCUCCUGAUAAAUAUCCUGGUUUUGUACUCAAAAAAGAAGGUGAAGAAUUUGUUGAGCAAAAUGCUUAUCUUCCAACUUCCUGGAGAAUACAGCUUGGGUUUAAGGUUUUGGAUGAAAACUUUUGGGAUGCUCAUGUGGAGUGGGAUAUAUUAGAUUGGACUUCAAAGGAAAACUAGAUUGUGUUAUAUAUGAGGACACAAUGAAACAAAUAAUUGAAUUACAUAUAUGCUUACAUGUAGAUGCACACCUGUGCAUCCACACCCAAUAGGUGACAACCUGGUAAAAAUUUUGUGGAUGAUGAUGACACCCCGGUGAGAUGCACAUGCCAAUAGGCACAGCAGCCCUUGCAUCAUACAGGUUAGGCAUUGCUUAAGCACUCUUAAGAUCAUCUGCUGCUUCCCAGCAGCAACAGUUUCCCUCGCAGCCGUCUAACACACAACAAUCGACUUAUUUAUGAAAGCAUGCGCCUAUGAGGAAUGAACUUUAAAUUAUCAACUUUGCAGAUUCAAUAUUUUCAUCUGAAGAACUAAAAUAUAAAUUUAGAUCUUAGAACAUUCCCUGUUUCUACUUUUCUCAAAUACAAGAUGGCAUUGUAAAGUUGUCUUCUUGAGCUUCCUAGAUACUUUGCUACCUAAGUCUGGGCAAAUAAUGAAACGUAACAGGAUCUUGCUUGUGUAUGGCUUUGAAAUGUAAGACAUCCAAAUUUUUCAAUUUUUGGAAAAUUAUUUUUUUCUAAUUUCUAACUAUGAAGAUUUGAUGAGAUACAUACAAGAUCUUUCUUACUUUGUGCAAGUUUAAUCAGCAAUAUAAAAUACUGGUAAAAAAUGUACCUCUUCGGCUGCAUUUCUUAAGAAAGGAUGAAGUGCAUCCAGUUCUUGUUGGACUUACAGAAUCCAAGUUAAAGCUUGUCAGAGGUGCAAUUAUAACUGAAUUACCUAAAUAUUCAUUAAAGUUAACACAUCUAACCAAUCUUAGUCUGACUAGAAUCACAAAACUGUUGAAACUCCCCAAACUUUUAAACUUUUUCAUAUCGGUUCUAACCAAAACGCAAGAUUUGAAGCUUAGUCAUGAAAGUUGAAGCACAUGAAUCCUAUUAGAAGUUGAGCCCAUGUUGAAGUGGUCAUCUUUUCCUUGGUCUCUGUCUACAGGGCAAAAAGCAGGUUCUAGUUGUUUGGGCAAGAGAUCCUCUGCCAGAAUGUAGAAUAGGAGUUAGGGUUUUUCCCCAGUCGAAGCUUCUUCGAGCAGAAAUACCCAUGUAGGCAUGGUCGAAGUAAUAAGAAGCAUGUUGCAGGCACAACUACACAAGCACCAACUCUGGAUCAGAUCUGCCGAUGAUGAUCUUUUUUGAUAGUUUAUGAUAGUGAAUGGAAUCAGUUCAUGGGAUUCCGAUGUAUUGUGUAUGAAUCAAGAGAAGUUAAUAGGGUGCAAGUCUGUUAGCUCUCGGAGGAAAAUUACUUGAAGCAUUGGCGCCAGGAAUUUGCAACUGCAGCAUCCGUCUUGUAGUAAUUAGUGGAUAUGCUAUGCCUGGUUGGAUGUUUUAGAGAAACCCCUUAUGUUUGGCAUUUACCCUACUAGCUGCUUGGAGAGAGGCAUCUAAUGGGCCUUUCGCCUGUUGCCAUGAAAUUAUUGUCACUGUAGUUUUCUUGUCUGUAGUUUCAGUGUCAUGGGCAGGGCUGGGUGAUACUUUGGGAAGUUAGCAGACAUGCUUUGUUCGACCAACUUUUGUAUAAGAAUUUAAUGUGUGGAAUACUGCACUUUUGAUAGCUAAUCCUUUUGAUAUAUUGG